UGUAGCUCCUAUCUUCAGCCUUCACUUACGUGUAUUUGGGUCAUUGCGGAUUGCCAAUCUGUUGUAUUUUGAAAUGAAGUAAACAUUUGGUCGAAUAUUGGUCGGACGACCCAGCUCAAAGGCUUUCCGCAGUGCUCUGUGAAGCGUGCCCACCAAGCACGCCGUCGUGUGUAGCAUGCAAGCCACGGCGUCGUUCUGGUCGAUUGUGGACAGGCGUGCUAGCUUGUUGACUUUCGCUGUUUGUACAUUAGUGCACCUGAACAGUAUACCAGGCGAUCUGGUAUUCGAUGAUUUGCCAGCAAUCAAGGAGAACCCCGAUGUGAGGCUGAGGUCAACAUGGCGGGACAUCUUCUCACACGAUUUCUGGGGAAACCAGCUGUCGGACCCAACGUCACAUAAAUCCUAUCGACCACUGACGGUGCUGACGUUUCGAUUCAACUAUGUAUUACAUGGUCUCCAGCCGUAUGGAUAUCAUCUCUUCAACAUUGCAAUUCAUAGCACUGUGGCCACACUCUACAUGCAUCUGUGUCGACAUGUUGCCAGCAGGCGCAUUGCGUUGGUUGCUGCACUGCUCUUCGCUGUGCACCCAAUACACACCGAGGCAGUGUCCAGUAUAGUGGGGAGAUCUGAGCCACUGAGUGCUCUCUUCUACAGCCUGGCCAUUCUGGCCUUCUUCCGCAGUCAUCCAUUGCCAGUUUUGCAGAGACACUCUGGCUCCAUAUCAGUGAUGGGUCUCAUAGCGACUUCUCUCAUGGCAGGUCUGAGUAUGCUGAGCAAAGAGCAAGGGAUCACCUGCUUGGCUAUUUGCUGUGUGUACGACGUUGUGCUCUUGUCUCGUCUCAACGUUGCGCAAGUCUUUCAAAGCGGAGCAAUCACAGGUGUUUGGAAAUCGGCACGUCGAAACAAGACCUUGAAGGCAUGCAUAAGCAGAUGCGUGCUGCUUAUGAUGACCACAGGUUUGCUACUGAUAGCUCGCGUUUGGAUGAUAGCUGGUGGCGCAGCAACAGCAUUCACUCAGUCCGACAACCCUACACUGUUUGAACCAGAGCUUCUAACUAGAACACUGACAUACUUCUACUUGCCAGCCUUCUCUGCAUGGUUGCUGCUCUGCCCUAUUUGGCUGUGCUUUGAUUGGUCUAUGGACUCCAUCCCACGACUGCAUAGCUUUGAUGACCUCAGGAACAUUGGAACUAUUCUUCUACUUCUCCUGGUUCUAAUGCUGGUGGCUUACAGUGUUCCUUACUGGCCUGCAGUCACACAAAAUGACCAAACUGAUGGUAAGGCAGAUAAGGAGGACACGUCUGGGAAGAGGGACGGUACUGCGUCUACACCUGGAACAUCAGCAGAGAUGCGCUACAAGCAUGCUGUUGUAAUCGCACUUGCACUGCUAGUGCUACCAUACUUGCCUGCAAGUAAUCUCUUCUUCCCAGUCGGCUUUGUCAUAGCAGAGCGCAUUCUCUAUCUUCCAAGCAUGGGAUUUUCCUUACUGGUUGCUAUUGGCUACUGCAAGAUGCUAUCAUACAGCAAGGCUGCUAAGAGUUGUCAAGAAGAGGACAACUCUAGCAGCGGGAUGGCAUCAAAAGACACUGGCAAGGGUACUAUCAUCAGAUGCUUGCUUCACUGUGGUCUGAUUGCUGUGAUUGUCAGCAUGACAUGCAAGACAUUGCAUAGGAAUACACAGUGGUAUGAUAUGGCUGUGUUGGGAAAAGCAGGAGUCAAGGUCAAUCCUGCGAAUGCCAAGAUUCACUUCAGCAUUGGCAACGACUUGGCACAACAGGGUCAGCGUGCUUGUGAGCUACACUUUCGUGAAGCAAUUCGCCUCCGACCUAACUACACGUCUGCCUGGACUAAUCUUGGUCUGGUCAUACUCAAUAUGGAUCGUGCAAAAGAGGCUGAGGCUGCCUACAGGAAAGCUUUGUCAAUCAAUCCAGAGAGUGGCAAUGCACAUACCAACUAUGGUCACUUGUGCAAGAUGCAGUUUCGCUGGUCAGAGGCAUUGGACCAUUACGAGAAGGCACUGAUAAAGCAGCCAGGCAACCCAACCUUGCUACACAAUUCGGGCAUAUGCUGCAAAGAGUUGAAGAACUAUACGGGUGCUGUAGAGUACUGGAAUAUGUGUGUGAAGCUGUACCCCACUUACUCUGAUAGCUGGCUUGCAAUGGGAGAUGUUUUGUCUAAGAACCGGUCACGCACGGGCAGUGAAUUGACAUGGUCUAAGGGCAAGCGUGCCAAACGGGCCGAGGAAGCAUUGCGCUCUGGUCUCAAGUAUACGCCAACUUCAGUAGAUCCAUGGCUCUCCCUAACUCAGCUGCUAUUAACAAAUGGUAAAAUACAAGAAGCUGAGGUAGCCGCACGGACAGCCAUUUCACACUUGCCGCAGAACUCUGCACUUCGGUAUUGGCUUGGGAGGGUAAUGGAAAUACGCAAGCUCUUUCCAGAGGCCAAGAAGCACUACACGGCAGCUGUGCAGCUUGAUCCAGACAACAAACGUGCCAGCUCUGCUCUUGCAGUUAUCAAUGAACAAAAGACAUUUUAGCUUCAUGCAAUCCAUCUAGACCUUGAUUACAUUUUAUUCUGACUUUGCUAGGUCUCCUCGUCAUGUUUGUUUAAAAUUAUUCAAGGGCAUGUUCCCUACGGUUCAGUGGCAGUACUCAUGCGGGCUUAGGCGAGAUUACUGAUUAGAUUAUUAUAACUUUGAUCUAUGAAAAUCAGUCAAACGUGCGGCAUUUUUUACUGCAAUUUUUAUUUCUUGGUUGUUCUUGCACAUCCAGGAGUGUGCGCAUAUAGUAGAGCUACAUUGUACAUAAUACCUAUGCAUGCACAGUGUAACUGGAUUAUGGGACAGCCUUCAAGAUUAUUUUGACUUCAAAAAAGAAAGAUAUAGUGCCCUGUGCCACAUACUGUACAGAUGUACAUGUACACUACACUACAGUAAAAGCUGGUGUAAGCGA